GACACUCUCCUGAACUGCACAGUGAGGAAGAGACCGUGUCUCUGCUGAUCUGAGCUCUAAAGGCACAGGAACCUUCGUCUUCUUGAAGCAUCUCCAGGGCCUGGGUGCCCACUGUCCAUGAGGAGGACCCACAAGGAGGACUGGUUUCAUAGAGGAGACACCAUGUCCCCCAGCCUCACAUCCCUGCUCUGCCUUGGGCUGAGCAUGGGCCUGAGGACCCCAGUGCAGGCAGGGACUCUCCCCAAACCCACCCUCUGGGCUGAGCCAGGCCCUGUGAUCCCUCAGUUCAGCCCCUUGACCAUCUGGUGUCAGGGGGCCAUGCAGGCCCAGGAGUUCCGUUUGGAUAAAGAGGGAAGCCCAGCAUCCUGGGGCACACAGAUCCCACUGGAUCCCAGGAACAAGACCAAGUUCUCCAUCACACAGAUGACAGAGCACACUGCAGGGAGAUAUCAGUGUUACUACCUCAGCCAAGGUGUCUGGUCAGAGCACAGUGACCCCCUGGAGCUGGUGGUGACAGGAGUCUACAGAGAACCCAGCCUCUCAGCCCUGCCCAGCCCUAUUGUGACCCCAGGAGGGACCGUGACCCUCAAGUGUCAUGGCUUAUGGCAAAGAUUUGACAGGUACAUUCUGACAAAGGAAGGAGAAGACAGGAGCUCCUGGACCAUGGACUCUCAGCAAGACCUCAGCGGGCAGUUCCAGGCCCUAUUCUCUGUGGGCCCUGUGAUCCCCAGCCAUAGGUGGACAUUCAGGUGCUAUGGAUAUAACAGGAACAGACCCCAGGUAUGGUCACAGCCCAGUGACGUUCUGGAGCUCCUAGUCUCAGGUGGCUCAGGGAAGCCCUCCCUCCUGACCCAGCAGGGCCCCAUCGUGACCUCAGGACAGAAGCUGACCCUCCAGUGUCUCUCUGACCUUGGCUAUGACAGAUUCGCUCUGUCCAAGGAGGAGGGAGACAACCUUAUUGAGAGCACAAUCCUGCAGUUCCAGACUGGGCUCUCUCAGGCCAACUUCCCCCUGGGCACUGUGGGUGGCUUCCACGGGGGCCAGUACAGGUGCUAUGGUGGACACAACCUCUCCUCUGAGUGGUCAGCCCCCAGUGACCCCCUGGACAUCCUGGUGGCAGGACAGCUCCCUGACAGACCCUCCCUCUCGGUGCAGCCGGGCCCCACAGUGGCCUCAGGAGAGAAGGUGACCCUGCUGUGUCAGUCACAGAGCUGGAUAGACACUUUCCUUCUGACCAAAGAGGGGGCAGCCGGUCCUCUGCUGCGUCUCAGAUCCGAGUCCCGAGCUCAGCAGCACCAGGCAGAGUUCUCCACGGGUCCUGCCACCUCAGCCCAUGGGGGGACCUACAGGUGCUACAGCUCAGUCACCACCUUCCCCUACUGGUUGUCACAGCCCAGUGACCCCCUGGAGCUCCUGGUAAAAGGAGCAGCUGACACUAUCAGCACAUCACACAAGACCUCAGAUUGCAAGAGUGACUCCCACCCCCAGGACUACACAGUGGGGAAUCUCAUCCGCAUGGGCCUGGCUGGCUUGGUCCUGGUGGUCCUUGGGGUGCUGCUGUUUCAAGCUCAAGACAGUGAGAGAAUGGCCCAGGCUGCCACCAGGACCUGA